AUGUUGGUCGAACGGGUACCGCACCUGUCCCUUUACGGGAACAGGAGGUUGAUAUGUCUUGUUCUUGCCGCCGUCUCCUUGGCGUCGCUCACAGUCACAUAUUUGGCCAUCCCGAGGCCGCACAAGGAUGCCGUGAUCGCGGCCAUCAAAGACCAGGCGUCGCGGGUCAAGUCACAACUUCCUCUGGCGCAAUCGCACUCUGAACCCGCUGCACCCUCGGCGGUACCCUCGUCCAAAACCUUUUCGACCUCGACGGCCUCUGCCCUUUUCGAUGCCGCCUCGAACCGGACGGUCGGCGUCGACCAGAUCGCCUUCAUCAACCUCCCGCACCGCCACGACCGCUUCGACGCCAUAGCGCUGCAGUCGCACCUCUCGGGGAUUCAAAUCACGCGCUUCCCGGCGGUCGUGGUCUCGGAGCUCCAGAGCAGCGGCCUGCCGCCUACCGAGAACCCCACGCGCCUCAAGGACACGGAGAGGGGCUGCUGGCGCGCCCACGCCAACGUGUGGCAGCACAUGCUGGAGAACCAGAUCCCCGCCGUCAUGGUGCUCGAGUCGGACGCCGGCUUCGACGUCAACAUCCGGCCCAUCAUGGGCCGGCUCAACGGCGCGUUCCGGGAGCUCCUGAAAAAGGAGAACCCGAACGCGGUCCUCCACGAAGACCCCAGCGACCCGUGGCUGUCGCGCUCCGACACGUGGGACCUGCUGUCCAUCGGGCACUGCGCCGACGGCCGCAACGACGAUGGCCAGUACGUCGUGUACGACGACCCGGACGCGCCGCACAAGGACUGGAAGUACGGCCCGCUCAACGUGGUGCUCAACAAGCAGCGCGUCGUCUACCGCGCUAACCACGUCGUCUGCACGACGGGGUACCUCGUCUCGCUGUCGGGCGCCGCGCGCCUGCUGGUCCGCACGUCCUGGAACCUGGAGGAGCCCGUCGACAUCAUCAUCGCCAUGAUGGCCGGCGCCGGCGAGCUGAGGGCCUACGCCCAGCAGCAGGUGCUCGUCGCCCAGUGGCAGUACAUAGAUGGCCUCAAGUCGGGGGGCAACAGCGACAUUCACGAUGGAGGCGACGACGCUGGCAAAAAGUCUGACGAGGAAGAGAAGAAGUCCAAGGAGGCUUGGGAGCAAUCCAAAAAGACGCACGCCGCCGUCGAGGUCAAGAGCAACUACCGACACUCGGACUUUACCGACUUUGCACUGGGCAGGGCCUGGAAUCACAUUAUUGACAAGUCAUGA